UUUUGAUUAAAAUGACCGACUUCGAAGUCUCACCUGAAAAUUAUGGAGAGAACCCAGCUCUGGUUACCACUGAGUCUUAUGAACAAUUGGAAAACCAAGCUAUUACUAAAUAACACCAAUUUUCAUGAAGGAUUUGCACAAGAAGAUAACUAUAAGUUCAACAUGAUGGAAAAUGAUGCUGGUAUUGUUCGAGACAGUUCAGAUUCAUUUCAAGUAAAUCAGGAAGAAUCUGAAUCAGUUCAAGAUUUUAACCAACAGCAUCAGCCUUUAGAGUAUCAACAACAUUAUCUUGAUAAUCAUAAUAUGAUAGAAAACUCUCCCGGGAGUCAGAGAUCUAAAAGCGGAGAAAGAAGGACUAGACAGGAUCGACAGAAAAGCCCAGGCUCUUCACCUAUGCAUAGCCCUGAUCAAAUGAAUCCUCUUGACCAUGUCCAGAACUAUCAUUUUCAAGAGGGAAGAUAUAACGAGAGUAAUCUUGACAGCACAGACAAAAAUAUUAUCGAAUUGACUCCUUCAAAAGAUGGGAUGAACUUAGAAUCCGCUCAAAAAUACGACAGUGAGUAUAAGCAACCAGAAGAUUAUCAGCAAAGAGAUUAUGUAGAGAAUUUCCAAGAUCAUCCAGAAAGCAUGUCCUUUGCUAACAAGAAUUCUCAAGAGAUUGGACUUCCUCAUCAAUAUCUUACAAGAAGUGGAGGGAAGAAUAGCAAGGCUGACCAAGACCCUGAAAUGCCUAAAUCUCCAGACUGCGUAGAAGAAUCUAAGGAAAAGCACAUCCAAUAUUAUUCCUUCUCUCAAGGCAGGAAGAAUGCUGAGAAGAAGAACAGUUCUCUAGAAUACCCUUCUUUCGGAAGGAAGACGGACCACAGUAAGCAGAAUACCCACAAUAGCAGUAGGUUUAGCAAGGGAUCUGCAGUGCAAGCAGAGAAUGAGGAAUCAGUUAGUCUAGACCAGUAUUAUAACUUUAUUAUUUCAAAGUCUCCAACCCUUACUGAGAGAGAAAAGAAGAACGCUCAGGAUCUAAUUGACCAAUUACAGUACUUUCAGGAAACCAAUAGUCCAGCAUCAUUAGAAUUUGUUGCACAGUUUAACAAUUUUUGAGAGAAAGUGCAAAAGCCCAAAACAGCUUCUGUACGUAAAAGAGUCCCAAAAAGUAGCAGAAAGAAGGAAGUCAAAGUAAUUGAACAGUCUGAGUUUAUGAACAUUAUCCAAGAAACUCCAGACUUGUUGGAAGAGUACGAAGAACUGGUGGAGGAAUAUGAAGAUUGAAGACUAGAAAUUAAGGCAAAAGUCUUAAUGAAAUUCAAAUCUAUGUCCUCUCCAACUAAACUAGAUACUAAUAUAGGGGUUGUCUUGUUGUAUUUCAUGUACCAGAUUGAUAAUAACAUCCCUUUGAGAACAGAUAAAAGACAACUUGCAGAUAAAAGCUGGAAUUACAUCAAAGAAUACUUCAGCAAUAGUGGGAGGAUAAUCCAGAAUUUCAAGAAAAUAUUACCCUAUCUCGAGAACAAGAAGAUAUCAGAGAGUCAUUUCUUUGAAAUCAAGAGAUGAAUGGAGAAUCUUGAUCCAACACAAAUUGAGGCUCUUCACAAUAAGAAUGGAAUAACAGGGUUAAUCUAUAACUACUCCAUGGCUUGUUUCAACAUCGUAAAAUUUUUAAGAUCAGUAUACAAAACAGAUGACGAACCAAAAGUUCGAGUUGCACCAGCUCCAAGGAAGAAAAGGCCAGAUACAGCAACUAUGGAUUCUGCCAGGAAGCCCAAAAUGGCUUCUGCGCAGGGAAAAGAUCUAUGUGUUAACCAAAUAGUUGCUUCUAAAAAGAAUAAUUUUAAGCUAAAACUGCAUUCACAGAUGUAUAAUGAAAAUCUUCAGAAAGGAUUUAAUAACCUGAAGAAGGAGAACCAGAUCAAAGACACUGAGAAGAGAAUCAAAGAAUUGAAAAGACUGAAGUCUCAAAUGCAAUGGAAAGAGAAACGAGUUACUAAACUCCGCAAGCAGAAAAAAGACAAAAGUGAUGCUGCAGAGUACCUUGCUUACAAAGAAGACUUGAGAAAAAUGAGUUUGAGUAUUAUUGAAGAGAAGAUUAGGGAAGACAAGAAUUACAAGAUUGAACGUGACCAAGAGAAAAUCCAAGAUAUCAAAGCAGAAAAGAUGAGAAAGGAAAUCAAAGCUAAACUUCUCCAACUCGAUGAGUUCAAGAAGACUAUUGAAGAGAAGGAAUGGAAGGAUCUUCAAGAAUCUGAGAAAAAGAAAGAACUUAAAGCCCGAAUGAUAGAAGAGUUCACUCAGAAACUUGAGGAGGAGAAGGUCUUCAAACAACUUCUUUAUGCAGCAGAGAAGAAAAUUGAACAUGAGGAAAGAAUUCGAAGAAGAGAGGAGAACCUCAAACAUAAGCACAAUACUCUCCUUGAUGAAGAAAUGGAGCUUGCUAAAGAGCUAGAGAUGCUACAAGAAAUGUAUGAUGAUUCUAUAUAAUUUGAUGAUAAUGG